ACAAUACAUGCAUAUACACGCAUAUACGUAUAGAGAGAGAAGGAGCUAAGCCUGCCUGCCUUCCUACCACCGUCACAUCCGUCCAUUGCCAUUCCCUACGGUGCUCGCCUCUCUCUGUCUCAUGCUUACUUUGUAGGGGAUCUGGUCGUUUCCAUAUAGCCAUGGCUGACUGGCAGCAGCUCCUCCAGUCGAUCCUCCUCGGUCUCAUAUUCUCCUACCUUCUCGCCAAGCUCAUCUCCAUCCUCACCUCCUUCAAGGAAGACAACCUCUCCAUUGCCCGUGCUUCCUCCUCCCCCGAUUCGGAGCCGCCCAAACUCCGCCCCGAGCAGCCGGCUGCGGCGGCGGAGGAGGCUCACGACUCCGGCGCCGACGCGGAUUCACUCGCUGCGGAGCAUGGCAGCGUGAGGAACGAAAGCGUUGUUGGCACUGAGGAUGGCGGAGACAGCGACAGUGACUGGGAGGGAGUUGAGAGCACCGAGCUGGACGAGGUCUUCAGUGCGGCCACAGCCUUCGUGGCCGCUGCUGCGGCGGAUCGCCUCUCCCAGAAGGUCUCCAACGAUGUGCAGCUGCAGCUCUACGCACUCUACAAGAUCGCCACUGAGGGCCCGUGUAGUACUCCUCAGCCUUCCGCUUUGAAAUUGACUGCAAGAGCUAAGUGGCAAGCAUGGAACAAACUGGGUGCUAUGCCUCCUGAAGAUGCGAUGCAGAAGUAUAUCGACAUUGUCACAGAGCUGUAUCCGACUUGGGCUGCUGGAUCGAGUCUGAGGAGUAAAGGUGGGGAUCGUGAUGCCUCAAGCGCAGAAGCCAAAGGACCCAUGGGCCCAGUUUUCAGCACAUUCGUCUACGAGGAAACUGGAAAUGAGCUGAAAAUGGAUGCUAUACAUGCUUUUGCAAGAGAAGGUGAAGUUGAUAAUCUGGUUAAAUGCAUUGACAGUGGUGUUGGUAUCAAUGUCAAAGAUAGCGAGGGUCGGACCCCAUUGCACUGGGCUGUUGAUCGCGGUCACCUAAAUGUCAUUGAGUCGCUUAUAAGCAAUGGUGCUGAUGUGAAUGCAAAGGAUAACGAGGGCCAAACACCGCUGCACUAUGCUGCCGUUUGUGACCGAGAAGGGAUAGCAGAUUUCCUUGUGAAGCAUAAUGCAGGCACGGAAAUUAAGGACAAUGACGGGCUCUCUCCCUUGGAUCUCUGUGAGGUGAACUGGCCCUGUAUGAAGCCUGCUGAAGAAGAGCAGGCUGACUAAAUUUAGACUCUGGCUAAUGUAUCCUGUUGCUGGAGCUUAACGCUUGCAUUUGAAUCGUUGGUCAAUGUAUAUAGAAUCUUUACAUGAUAGCCCCCUUUCUAGUUCUGUUUUGCCCCUCGGGCUUCAAAGUAGAUCGAUCGGGGCGCUGCUAUUGACCCCAACCGGCAAGUUGUGCUUCUCUCGGGUUUUUUAGUGAAGAGAAUUUGAAGGCAUUUUCAUAGAAGGCUGUGCUUCCUUUUUUCAAUAUUCUUUGGUUAGGCAGUAUGUGAGAACUUAUGCCUCUUCUGCCACUGCUGCAUUAUUGUGUUGAACAUUUUACAAACAUCUCUGGACCUUAAGAUCAAUACGUUUUUCACCCUUA